AUGUUGGCAGUGUAUGCCAAUUAUGCCGACCAAGACAAUCCUCUCCAAGCCCUAAGAAUUGGUCGAGUACCACUUCCUCCUGUUCCGGACGGCUGGGUGCGGGUAAAAGUUUCAACCGCGGCGCUGAAUUAUCACGACGUGUUCACUCUUCAGGGAGUUGGGACUCAUCCUCUAACUUAUCCUCGUAUUCUCGGAUGCGAAGGUUGUGGCUAUCUCAAAGACGGUACUCCUGUCAUCCUGUAUCCCGUCAUGUGUGGUACCGACUACCUGGGGGAGGAAAUAUUGGAUCCUGCCAGAAAUGUGUUUCACGAGAUAACAGACGGAACUCUUGCGGAAUACGUUGUUGCUCCAUCCCGCAAUGUUCUUCCCUUGCCUUCCGGCUUAGAUCCUAUUGAUGGCGCUGUACUCGGUAUUGCGUGGCUUACUGCAUACCGGAUGAUUUUUACCAAGGCGAAUAUGCGUCCUGGGCAGACAAUGCUAGUCCAAGGCUCAUCGGGAGGCGUAUCCACAGCUCUCAUUCAACUUGGCGCGGCCGCUGGCCUACGGGUCUGGUGCACAGGCCGCUCCCCAGAGAAAAGAGAACUUGCCCGGAAACUAGGGGCGGAGAAAACAUUUGAGCCAGGUGCUACUCUUCCCCAGCAAGUUGACGCAGUGUUUGACACGUCGGGCAACGCAACCUGGUCGCAUUCAAUGGCGUCUGUGAAGCUAGGAGGAUCAAUUGUAACAUGUGGUGCCCAUGGUGGCUUCCAUGUUUCACUCGAUCUACUUCGAGUGUUCAACGACCAGAUUAGUAUACAUGGCGUAUAUGCUGGAACAUUGCAAGAGUUCAAGGAUCUCAUUCAAUUUGUCAUUGCGAAAUCUAUCAAGCCACGAAUUGGAAGCACGUUGCCAUUGUCAAGAGGAGACGAGGGACUCAAGGCACUCUAUACUGGAGGCACGGACGGUAAAAUCGUCCUAGUCGCUAAUUAG